UCCUUCGGAAAAGGACCUCUUUCUAAGGGAUGGCGAAGACGCCGACGCCUCUCUCAGUCCGCGUCGGGACGCUCGCGUAUACGCUUCUUGCCGAAAAGACGCCGCUUUUUUUUAUCACCCCGCAGCCCGGUCUCGUUUUCCGAUGCCCGCGUCUUUCGAAUUUUUUGCCGCGUUUUUCCAUUCCGCCCCCGUAUAAGUCCCCUUACUUUAGCUUACCACCUCAGUCGAACGUGUUUCUUAGACUUGAAACUAUCUGUACCCCACCUCAAGUUGACACAAGUAAAGUCGAAGCCAAGCGUUCGAUUUGACCCAAGACUAUCCCAACUCCGAAGCCCGGGGCAUCCGACUGAACGCACCAAGUGACAAACGCACCAUGCGGGACCCGAAGAGCGAUCACUCGCGGGCCUAGUUUCCUGAUCUGCCUGGAGAGGGCAGCACUGAUCGGCCCUCCCUCGGGGUCACCCCUUUCGAGCGCCCUCGAGGCCCUCGACGCCCCGACUCGACCCUACUCUAUGCAGGCGUGAGCCUGCCCAUUCUCCUCGAGAUUUUACCGACCUCAGACACCACGAUCUCGGCACCGCUAGACCUCCGCUCCUCCUUGGAGGGCGACGACAUGUCGACGGACAUCCAGCAAGCGGUGCUGCUCCAGCGGCCGGUGUUCAAGAUGAACCCGGCCGCCGACUACUGGCACCAGGCGCGGGGGCCGCCCACCACGGCGACGCCCCCCGCCGACGCCUCCAACAACAACAACUCGGCGACGAGCAACAACAACACGAGCACAACGACGACCAACACGAACACGAGUAGUCACAACGGGACGACGAAUAAUUCGGGUAACGGCAACAACUCCGGCAACGGGCAAAGUCGGCUCAACCACUUGAUGAGCGCCGGGAGUCCUCUGGGCAACGCCAUGUCACCCGGGGGUAACAACGCCGCCAACAACGCUAUAGUUCCUUUCGUCUCCGUCAACACCGACACGACCUCCACGCCAGAACCGCUGCUGCCUUCCCCCGCAGGCUCCUCCGCCUCCGCCAACGACCCCAAGAUCAUCACCGAGAAAAUUGUCAGCGAGUUCCAGAAACGCGCUAGCGCGAAUCUAGACCCACGCGCAUUCGAAGAGUGCUGGGCAAACCUUCAGCGAUUUCUGAUGCAGAAGUCGAUGUUGAUGCAGCACGGGAGGGACUUGCACCGAGCGGGCAGCGUCGGCGGGGCGUCCUCGCUGAGCGGGGGCGGCCUGGAGAUCACCAAGCCGCACCAGUGCCAGCAGUGUCUCAAGAGCUUCUCCUCCAACCACCAGCUCGUCCAGCACAUCCGGGUCCACACCGGAGAAAAACCCUACAAAUGCACCUACUGCGACAAACGAUUCAAGCAACUCAGCCAUGUCCAGCAACAUACCAGACUACACACAGGUGAACGACCGUACCGAUGUCAUUUAGAGGAUUGCGGACGCGCCUUCAUCCAACUAUCGAAUUUGCAGCAGCACUUACGGAACCACGACGCCCAGGUAGAACGAGCAAAGAACAGACCUUUCCAUUGCUCAAUUUGUGGCAAGGGAUUUGCCACAGAGUCGAGUCUGCGAACGCAUACAGCCAAGGAUGCACGCAAGGGCUACCUCCCUCCAUGCCUGGCUUACCGAAACCAAUACCUCCAAUUCCACAACCCGGAAGCGGAGUUACGCGUUGACAUGCUGCAACAGCGGGCAGCUUUGCUUAGUGGAACGAACGCACUGGCUUGUCCUGUCUGCCAUAAACCAUUCAUCGGCACGGAGGCCCUUAUGGAACACAUGAAACACAAUCACAAGGACCCCACCGUGUCGUCAGUAAACACUUUUGCUCCCGCUGAAAUGUCCGGCGACAUCAACGUCAUGCCGUACUUGGCCAAGCGGCGGACUGCCAAUCACGUGUGUCCGGUCUGCACGAAGCACUACGUCAACGAGGGCAGCCUCCGCAAACAUCUCGCCUCGCAUCCCGAAACCACCCCAUUUGCCUCCAGCCUGAGGAUGUGGCCCUGUUCCGUCUGUCAAGCGGUCUUCACUCACGAGUCAGGUCUCCUAAACCAUAUGGAGCACAUGAGGAUGGACCCGAAACAUCAGUUCGCAGCACAGUAUGUCCUUAGCAGAGCAGCUGCAGAGCGUCGUGAGCGAGAUAUCAUGGCUGCAGCAGCAGCAGCAGCUACUGGCGGGCUACCUUUGUCACUGGGCGCAUCUCUCGGCCAAUGCGCGUCCCCAUCGGCUCAUUCAGAUAGUUCUUCAAAUGCUGGAGAGAGACUGUCAAGUGCUGGAUCCGAGGCUGGGAUUAACAACGCGGCAAUGUUGCUCAAUAAUAACAACAACAAUAUCAAUAACACUGCCACAGCAAAGCUAGCAGAAUUGAUGUCUGGCCGAACAGGUGCAAGCAACGGCCACCACUACCUUAGUCCUCAAACUCAGCACUACAAUGCAGAUGAACUACAAAGGGCAGCAGCUUUGUUGGUCGGGCGACAACAAGCAGCAGCCGCUGUACAGACCUCCUCACCUCAACCUGAUUCUCCACGAACAGCAGCUGUUGUAGCGGCAGCAAACCUCGCAGCAGCUAUGCGAAUGUCGCAGUCAAACGCAAUGCAACAUAACUCACAAGCAUCUAAUCAAAGCAAUAAUGGAAAUGUUCCUAACGCAUCAUCGGAUAGUCUACAAAGCAUGUCAUCAGCUGUUCAACUAGCCAUGGAUGCGGCGGUGCGGUCGAUGGUUGUUGAUGUAUCGAUGAACCACCACCAGGGUAAUCAUCAUCAGUCAGUAUUACACCAGCAGAACCAGUCGUCAUCGACGCCGUCCCUACAAGAAGCGUUCUUCCGGUCGCAAGCGGAAGCUCUGCGGUUGGCCGUUACCCAAGCUGUUGUUGCAUCCACCUCGACCGCCUCCGGGGAUAACGGCAGCAACCACGUCCCUGGCCAUAACAGCAUUGCUCAAUCCAACCUCAUGAACGGGCAACAUCCAUACCAUCAGAACCGAGUGACACCCGAACUGACGGAGGCGCUGCGUUUGCAGCAAGCUCUGCGCCUCCACGGAGACCCGCGCGCUCUUGGUUUCCUCCCGAAUAAUUCCUCGCAGCAGCAUCCAUGAAAGUUCAGCUACUUUUGAUAAGAUUUGUUCCUACCUUAACGGUUCCUUCCUGUAUAUAAUCAGAUCACGUUUUGUAUAUGUGUGUAUUGCCUGUACACAGCCUUCGUGCAAAUCAGUUGCAUUCUUGUACAAAUACUGUUCAAAAUGAUUCGUGUCGGUCUCUUCAUCGUUCCAACGGCAGAAUUUUUCCACCUGGAAUCGACUCCUGCUUUUUGAUUUAAUACAUAUCUCUUUGUUUUCAAUUUUUACGAUUUCUCUUUUUCCCCCUACUUUUUUGGUCAGGUGUUUGGCAUGAGUAAAUACUUUGAUUUUUUUUAUUUUUUUAUUUAUUUUUUUUUUUUAGCUCCUCCACAUUAAUUUUAUUUGGCAUUGCAGAACUUGUUCAGUUUUUAAAAAAAUAAUUAAACGAAUCUCCAAUUUUUCGCUUAUUUUGGUUAUGGCACUUCUCUAAUCUGAAAUUAUUAUUUUUGAAUAAUUAAUUGAUUGAGGAUUAUUGUGUAUCAUUUGAUGCGAAGUGCUAUCAAUUCAGGCUCAUUUAUGUGAAAUCUCACAUAGCUGUAAGACAGCUGAUCCUGGAAGUUUUGUUUGAAACACUAACAGUUAAGCUUAUUCUCCCAUUACAAAACUGUUUAGAUCAUUCUCUCUCGAUUUACUUAUGCCAUUCACUAAGAACAGGGUAACGUUUUAAGUUUUCUUCAUGGAAGUGAUCCUUUUCGAUAAUUUCCCUGUACAAUUUCAGGGUCCUAAUUGAAUCACAAGUCAGUGCUUACGCUAAUCACUUUUUAUUUUGUUGUUGCACUCAAGAUUUGUAGGUUGUUUGGGUGUUUUUGUUCCGUUACAAUCAAAUUUAUAUUUUUAUACUGUUUCCGGAGAAAAGAAAGUUUCGCAGUUUGACUGGCUUGUGUUUCCCUUUGAUUUUUAUCAUGACAAAAUUUAACUCUUUGAACUUCUUCAAGAAUUUCGAAAUUUAGAGAUUUGUAUUAAAUUGAAAAAUUUUUGUAGGAUAUUUUCCCCUCUGCAUAGCAAAAAAUUGAACCAAAAUUCUGCGGAAAACAUUUUGUUUGUUGAAGUGUACAAGACUUGGUUGAAUUUUCUCCCCUUUUUUAUUGAAUGUCUUUCACAAAAAAUAUUCCUCCCUUCAUGUACUAGGAUAAAUCAGUGAAAGAGAAAAACAAAUUGCUAGGUUUAUUUUGUUGCCUUUCCUUCCCUCCAUCUAACUUUGGAGUAAUUGCAGACAUGCACCUGUUCAUUCAUGUAAAUAAGGUAAAUUGUAAAUUUUGUGUAAACUGAAAUUAAAAAUUGUAUGUAAUAUCAUUUAAUAUAUUAACCUAGGAAAAUUGAAUAUGAAAAAUAGUUGUAUAUUAUUGUUAUACUGUUCAUGUGUGGCUAGUGAAUUUAAAUGAAGGAAAUGAAAAAAGUUUAUAUUGGAUUCUCUCCCUUUUUUAUUAUUUAUAAAUUAUUGAUUUAUUAGUUAUUUUUAUUUCUUAUUAAUUUUUUUUUUCUUUUUUUCACCUCUGCUCUUUUUCUUUUUCUCAAAAAUGAGGUUGUUGUGACUGAUAUGAUUAUUCUUGUUUUAUUUUACUUAUUUUAUAUUUUAAUGGGGCUUGCAAUUAUUUAAUUAGUAUGAUUUUGCAGUUUCAAUAUUCGUCAAUUAAUGAAAAAUAUUAUCGUUGAUAUUGUCUUUUGCGAAUUUUGUACUCUCCCCAAAUCCAUUUCAAGUCAACCAACUUUUCUUGUUUUCCUAGUAAAAAUUUUAGUUCAAAGCAUGAAAGGCGUAAAAUUUGAAUUAAUUUGAUAAACGUUUUUUAAACUUUUGGAUGCGGAAAAAACGUCAAUGGACAUUUAAGUUUCUCUUUUCUAAAAAAAUUUACAGGCGAGGGAAAAUAUUUUUACAGCCAUCAUAGCACACUGUAAGCUUCUUCCGAAUUUUGCAGGUUAAGAAACACUACUGAAGUACCUAGUGGAAGUCAGCUUUUCUCAAUUAUUUACUUUAGACAUCUGUCUCUUCUAGCUGUUUGUCUAAUCUUUGUCUUAAGAUUAUUAUUGUAGUGCUAAACAUUUAAGAAGAUAUGCACAGUCCCUGGUAAAUUUUAACCGCAUUCUCUGGUUUAAAAUCCGUUUGUUGAAGCAUUACCCACACCCAAACAUUAUUAAGCAUACAGAACUUUUUUAUUGUAAGAAACAUUGCUUCCGCAAAAUUAAGUCUAAAUCAUUCGGGAUUCUUGAUUAGUCAUCCGUAAUUAUUUUAUUUUUGUUUUUGGCUGUGAUAUUUAUUUUUAAACUUAUUUAAUUAAUUUUAUUUCUUUCAUAACGUAUAAUCAUGUAAAAAUAAGUUCUGAAUAUUUAUAACAUUGCACUCAAAAGUCCAACUUCAUUUUCAAAAUAUUGUGUGUAAUUUGGGUUAGAAAUUUAUUUUUCUUUCUUUGUGUGUUUCCUCCCCCUUUCGCAAAACGGUAGGAUUAACCUGAAUAUCAAAUUUGUUUUGUUUGCCAUUAUGAGACGAUGUGCCUAGUCAAUGUCCUUUGGCUUUUUAUCCUAUCAAUUUUCAAAACUUACUUCUGGCUCGUAAUUUAAUUCCUGAUUACGUUCUCUAAUAAUCUCAUUUUUAUUUUCUUCCCCCCCCCCCAAAAAAAAAAACAAUUUUUUUUCGAGUUUGGUUUUAAAUUUGCACGUUAUUCUUUGUUUUACUUUAGAUCAAUUACCUUGGUUUGUUUUUAUUUUCAAUCCAAUUUACGACCAAUAUUUAAAAUCUUCAAAAAUCAAAAUUUAAAUUAGGGGGAGCGCUUAAAAUCUAUGUCAGUCAAUCUAGUUCAGAAACUAUUACGCAAUAAGGGAAAAAAUGAUUUCUAAAUCAAUUCAGGGGAUACAUAAAAAAACCAAAGUUCUAUCGUGCCCUUGGAAUAGUCAUUAGUGUCAACCCUCAAUGCCUGAAGCCUUAAAUGAGAAUAAAUAGUAAUAAAAAAAAAAAAAUAUCAAUCGUUCUGAGAGGUGGAAAAAUUGCCAACAAAUUACACUUUAUUCAACAGGCUCUUCUUCAGGAAUGCUAUUUGAAUUUUUCCAUAAAAUAAAUUUACUCUACUUCUACUCAUCAUCCUUAAAAUAUGCUAUACUUGGACUAACAUGUCACUGAAUUUUACAUUUAUUAAAGGCAUAUUACGUUGUCCCACUGCAGCUCCUAGAUGAAGCUAUACGAUGUGGGAGGUUGACAUAACAAGAAACAUCAAAGUCACAGUUUUCUUGGUUUCUGGGUACCCUAACGAAUUGAUACAACUUGCACAUAUUUAUUUUUUUCUGUCUUUUUCAUUCCUUUUUUCUCGUAUAAUUUCAAAACCUCUUAUAAUGGAGUAGGUGUUCUGUAAAGUACCAAUCCGCUUGUUUACAUCGUUGAUCAACCCUCGAUUUUACGCUCAAAGCUAAAUUUUCAUCAUUUUCAAAAAUCAUUUUUAAGUGCCCGUUUCCUCUAAUCAAUAAAAUUAAAUUUAAAAUUUUAGUUUAGAUUUCGUUUAUUGCAAUAUGAUUGAAAAUCUCAUUUUUUUUUUCAAACUAAAAAAAAAUGAAAAAGUUCAAUACUUCUUUUAUUUAUUAUUUUGUUUCUGUCGAAAAAAAAAAAAUAUUUUUCUCAGUCGUAUGGCCCCCAAAUUAUCCCUUAUUUUUUUACCAAUUCAAAGAAUAAACAACACUUUUUUGUCCCUAGUUUGCUUCAAGAUUUAUUUUCUUGUAAUAAACAUAAUUAAUACUAUACUCUAUGGCUCCCGUGAAAUUUUACAUUGGUACAAAUAAAUUCAUUUCGCUCAAUCAUACUAAGAAUAGGCUUUUGUGUAAAUUGAAGAGCAGCGUUAUCAGUAUCGGUAGGCUCUUUAUUAUCUGUUAUUUUUUCUCUAAAUCAUCGCGUCAGUACCUCAUGAAAAGUGAAAAAGUUAACAGCUCAGUUAAAUUAUUUGUAAAUACUGUCAGGGUAGCUGCAGUCACAUUCUCGCACUUCAAUUUUCUCUUUUUUCACACUGGUGUAUUUUUCCUGCUUUUCAUUUCGUUCUUUUUUUCAUUGGUUCUUUUUUUUAUCCUUAUUUAAAUUUCCAAACUCCCUUUUUUUUAAAUUCAUCAUCAUUGUUUUUCUCUAACUCCGCAAAUGCUGAAAUUUUCCAUAAUCAAAUAUCAGUAUAAAUAUCAAUACUUCACUUACCCUCUUCGACUAGUGUCUCCAAAUCUGAAAUAAUUUACACCGCAUAUUAAGUCACCAAUCCUCUUGAACGGAUUUCUUUGUUUUUCUGCAUCUCAAAAGGCCCUGAAAAACCCUUAGGUUUUAGAAAUUGGACAGACUAGAUUUUAGACCAUUUCAAAGUGGGUUUCCUAAAGAUACCCAUGCCAAAAAAGUACAACUUAUAAAUUAAUGUAAUCACUGUUGAUUUGGAACAUCUUUUGCUCACUUUUUCAAAUUUAUCUUAGUUUGAAACAGUCUUUUUGGUUUUGGAGACUUUCGUUGGAGACUUUUAUUCCUACCCCUUGAGCCACAACUGUUUACGUGUUUCGAAGCUCUUCAUCAAAAUGUUCUUUUAUUUUUGUAGAUAAAAUUUAUGAUUUGUAUUAUUUUUAUUAAAUCUGCUCCGUUUCACAGUCAUACCUAAUUUAUUGUACAUAGAACCAAAGCAAGCUGACGUUAUGGAAUGAAAAUAAAUUUAUAUUUUUGUUAUUAUUACUCUGGGCAUUGCUUCUAAGCAUAGUAAGUUAACAAAUCAAAGCGGGACCUUUGAAAUUUUGCACUUCCUCCAAGCCUAUUUCUUUUAUAAUCCAUUUUUCGUACCUGCAAUAUAGUUUGUGCGACUUUCUUGAAAACAUUUUAAAGCAUCCUCAAAAGUUUCUCUUAAUGUCUCUCAUACUUAUUUAAAAAAUAUAGGGGCGUUAUAUUGAAUAUAACACCCCUUGAUUCAGUUUCAAAAUAGAUGGGCGUUAAUUAUCUAUAAUUUGCAACUUUGUUUUUCAACGAAAGCACUUUACCGCAAAGCAAAUUUUUUUGUUAAAAAAAAUUAUCUGCGUGUAAGUUAUGAUAAGUGGAGAGGAAGAACAAACCGUCACCAGAGAAUCAAUUUAGCAAUGCCCUCUAUCUAUGUACCACCACGUGAGUUGAAGAAAUGUUUUUUUAAAAUUUUUUUGGAAAAUAUAUGUUAAUAAUCACAUUUGCUCUUAAUGUCUUGGAAGAAUGCCCAGAGAGAUGAUGAGAAAAAUGAAGCAAAUCUUAAUUAUUUUGUUAAAUCACACUGUGCAAUUUAUGUUUUUUAAGGUGAUCAUUAGGUCUUACAUUUUUAAAAGCUACCGCUAGAGUCCAUGCAAUUUAUCAAUAUUAAUUUUUGUAUUGAAUCAAGAAUACCUCAAAAUCAAGUAAACAAGUGCGCACAUUUUUCAGUUCACUGAAAAAUUAUUUGUGUAUUCAAAAGUUUUAAAGUUCAGAUCCUCCGAAUCUAUUAUUCUUUUUCUUUCUCUCUUCUUCACUAGAAUAUUUCAGUUUUGGUAUUAAAAAAAAUUGAAAGUUAGGAACCUAAAAGACUUAUUUUUUAUUUUUGUUGUGUCCAUUUUACUUUCAAUUAUUUUUCAAAACAUUAAUUUGAGAUGAAUGAAAAAUGGGAUUCGCACGUAAAUUUUGCAAUAAUUUGCUUAGUACCUUGAAAAAGCUCUAGCCAAAGUCUCUGUGUUCAAUUUAUGCUCUUAAUUAUAUAAACAAUCUUAUCAAAGAGAAGAAAAAAGAAAAUUUGCCAUCUGUUCAUAAGUUAAUGGAGAAGAAAUAAGUACUUCAACUUCCUGUUUUUCUAAUUCAUUCAUGGACAAUUUGAAGCUUCGUUUUUACUCUGCUAACAAGGUGAAAUUCUACCGUAUAAAAAUAAAAAGGGAAACAAGUUGAAUAACUUUUAUCGACCAAUUAUUUUCAUUCCUGGCCUCUUGUUUGUAUCUUUACCAUAAUGCUUAAAUUAUUUUGCUUUUCUGUAUCAUAAUUCUACAGGCGUUCUCUGAAAUGCUCCCACAAAUCCACUUCAUGGAUAAACCCUGCAUGUAUAUGUCCCACAUAUUCACUUAACAAUAAGUUUUCUAAAUGUAUCAAUAGCCCAAUGCAUGGAUUUCCUAGAAAUCCUUGCACCAUCCUCACUCAACCGAAUCAAAGCAUCAAUAGCCCAAUAUAUGAUUUGCUUGACGUAAUCAUGUGCUCUGUGAGUUUUACAGCUCUACAAUAGCCCAAUACACGCCUCAUACAAUAUGAGCGUGUACCACAUGCAUUCAAUAGCUCUGUGACAAUAGCCCAAUACAUAAGUCGCCCGACGUGCUUAUGUACCAUACUCAACUUUGGUAUACCAUAUGGCACCAUAUUGAGUGAUACCACAUCAGUAUCAUAUGAUAACUAUGGUAUACCAUAUGGUACCUUUGGUAUACCAUACCACACUAUGUAUUAUACUGCUGCAAUAGCCCAAUACACAAUCGCCCUCUGCUGCGAUUGUGUACCACAUGCAUUCAAUAGUGCCGCAAUAGCCCAAUACACAGCUUGCCAGACGCAGCUGUGUACCACAUACACAAUAGUUCAUCUCAACAAUAGCCCACUGCAUGACCUCUCUUGGUCAUGCACCGCAUACAUAUUACUUGCUGUAAUAGCCACAAACAUGAUUUGCUGUUUACAGUCAUGUACCAUUAUUACUCUGCUGCAUCAAUAGCUCAAAUACACGAUUUGCCUGACGCUGUCGUGUACCGUAAAUUCCACUGGUUUUCAUUCGAUAAUGAGCCCCAUUUUCGUUUCCGUUGGUAACAUUCAGAGUAGGUCAGUAGAGACCUGGUGAUAGGUAUAAUUUCAUCGUUCCCCUUUUGAUACUUCUAUCAAAGGUCUUCAUCAAUGAAUACGCAUCCAGUAAUUCAUAAACUUGUCUCAGUUUUUUUUUUUUCUUCUCAUGUUUUUGUUAAUUAUCAGUAUAGUAGUUUAAAUAGUUUCUCAUUAAUAUGUUUUUCUGUCAGGUUUUCGUUGCAGUUUUGUUUUUGACUGUGGCUGCAUUGAACUCCUUUGCUGUCUAACCUUUAUCAAUAGUAACCAUAUUUCACUCAGUUUUUCUUUAAUGCCUCUUAACCCUCGCAGAUUUUUGCUUCCUCAGAUUUUCUCCCCUACGCCAAGUAAUUUUUUCGGGAACCUUGUAAAAUCACGGAAAUUUUGGUAAAAACAUCCUAUCCCUGAAAAACGCAAGAAAACAGUGAGAACAACAUUGAAAGCAAAGUUAACAGGCGCAACGAUUUGGUUACACAAAUCCAAGAGCUUGGUGAUGGACCAUAUUCCAUUCAUUAGAGACAUCAAUUUACAUUCCCUCAAUGUUACAAUCGUCAUGGUGAGAAAUGUUCCGAUAAUCAGAUGGUUUACUUCUUUUUGAUGUCUUAAAAUGCUUUUGAUUGUUCUUGCUGUUUUCGACAGGUUUCAAGUUUUAAUUCGGGCUAUUCAGGACUUUUAAGCUUAAUGUUGACUAAAACUGCCCUUAGCUAGGGUGCUUUGACUUACUUCUCUCUAAUUCAGUGUUACCUGUUACAUCAUUCACUGUAAUCUGUAGUCCUCUGAACAUCUGUAUAGUUAUCUUAUAAACGACUAAUGCUGAGGGCACACUCAGCUUAUAAGUUUCCAUCUCCUUAAGCAUACCUCAUUAUUCACUUUUUUCCUUCUUUAAAUAAGACCUUAAAACAUGCAUUUUCCCGGAAGAAAUAUGCAAAUUUCACUUAGAUUGCCUUUUUUUGGGGACUGCUUUGGAGGUUUUUCUCAUUUUUUUGAUGUACUAAAGUGAAAACUAUAGAGACAUGCAAAAUUUGCAGUAUACAAUAGUUAAGGGUGCGACUGGAAAAGAGCUCUCAUUUUCUUUUAAUGUGUAAUGAACUUUUACAUCCAUCGACUUAUGCUUGAGUUGAUAAUUUACCCCAAAGCUUGGUCGUACUGAUAAUUUUUGUCAAAGCACCCUCUGGGGUCGUACUGCUCAAAUUUUAGCUUUUCCUCCUUACAAAUUCAUUCUCCGCGAUUUCCUGUCCCUCCAAAAACAGUGAAGUAUUUACAUUUAAGAAUAGGUCAUUUACCAUAGUAACUUACAACUGGAUUUUCAAUGUUUCAAUUUUUCAGUUCGCUAGUUUUAAUACCCUCUCCGUUAAUUUCUGCUUUUGCAAUAGUGUUUAUUACAGAUCUGAAUUACAUUUGUCAGUGUAAUCAAUAACAUUUAUGUUCGGUUAUGUUUUCAUCUGUAUUCGUUGUCGUGUAAUUUUACUUUUUCUUCAUCGUUGCCUACCGUUCUCCCUCUUAUUCCUGCCAAGUUCCUCCUAAAACUGUUUGUCUUAUCUUUUAAAAUUCAUUAAGUGUGGAAAUUCGUUAUUAUGGCAAAGCUAAUGUGGUUGUGCUCUCUUUUCACCCAUUUUUAUAAGGAGGCAUCGCAAAUUCGAGACUGAAGGCAUGAAUAUGAUUGAAAGCAGAAAGCAAAGAUCUAGUUUGAGAUUUUCGGAAAUUCUGCUCUGACUAAAGUUUUCUUCGGUAAAAUUAUGCAACUAAUCCUAUCUUUCCGCGGUGAGGUAAUUUGUCUAGGCUGAUAAGGAUAAUUUUCGCAAGUUUUUUCCUGCGACUGAUAUGCCUACAUGUAUUCCUUUUUUUCUUGAUGACAAGUUGAAAGUUUAAAAUUUACGUUCCUUCUCGCAACUUCGGAAUUCGUCACAGUGUAUUUGAAAGUUUCCUUAGUUUCAUUCCAUUCACAUCUUGUGUGUGUGUGUGCAUUGCUCACACAAGUUACAAAAUCAUUGUUUGGAUUUAUUUUGAAUAUCAAGAGCUUUCGUUUUCUGCAGAAUUUUUUUUCAGUUUCGACUCCCUCUGAAGAAGUACCAAAUACACAUAAUAAUAGAGAGUACAUAUAGUAUAUCGUGACAUUCAGACUCUCAGCUGUCCCAAAUAAGGGAAUCUCAUGAUUGGAUAAACAGUUAUAAGAGGAACUUUCAGGAUAUCCUUUGUUUCAGUUCAAGUUAUUUUAAUUCAGAAAUAGCCAAUAACUUACGGUUACAGCGUAUUUGUAAUGCAACACUUUUUUUCUCUCGUUUUCCAACAUUUGUAUUCAUUACUAUUGUUUCAUUUUAUAUUAAUUUCUUACAUAUAUUACUGACUAAUUACAUUUAAUUCACUUAUCUUUAUUACAUUUUAAAUUUCAGCUUGAUGGUAAUGCAUCAUAAUAUUACUGCAAUAGGUUUAAACAGUCCUUCAAUUGGAAAUAGGCGAUCUGACUCGUGAGGCGUCAGCACUUAUGUCAGUCGUAUGAGGUUCAAAAAUGCACUUCCCACUAAUUUACUCAUGGUAACUAAGUUUAAUUAGGUACCAAUUUGGAAGUAGUAAAGUGUAGAAACUUGUUUCUUCUGUGAAAACAUUAUUUUCAAAAAUAGAGGUACCAACUCCUUUAUUUGCAAGCAUUGUUGAGGAGCCGUUUUUCGGUAACUUGGCAGCAUUUUUUGCUAAAUAAUGAGAAGGUCGUUUAAAUUUUCUUUGUGUUUCAAGUACUUACUUAACUAUGGUACUUAAAUGCAGAUAAAUUAUCUAAGCUGACAAAUUCUAUCACUAGCUGGCUAAUAAUCUAGGCUGGCUCGCUUCUCAAAAUUAGCCGCUAUGAUUUUCAAAAUGAAGAAACCGAUUCAAUAUCUCAUCUCAUGAUCAAAAUGACCCACUCAAUUGGUUGCAACUAUUUCCAAUUGAAAUUACACUACACUCUCUCUUUAAUUUUUCUGGUUGUUUUUCAAUCUCAAUUUAAUUUAAUUAUUUUUAAUUUUACACACUUACUUUUUCCAUUUAUUUGUAAUAGUAAUACAAUAGUUUGCAGCAUACUUAAUGUUUAAGAGAUAAUCAAUAGUACCUACCAUUCACAAUUUUCCUCUCUUUGUUUUUCAGUGGAUAUAUGUUUCAUUUUCCUGUUCUUGUUCUUUUAUUUCUUUAAGAUUUUUUGCCUGUUCUUAUUAAUUUUUUGUUUUUCCCUAACUCGGUUGUUUCCUUUUACUGCACUGAGGUUUUCAAGUGUUUGCUGAUUUAGACAAUUGAUUGUUUCUGUUCUCCAUGAGUUCUGUCCACAAUAUUUUGUUCCCACUACCUACUUAAUACUUUUUUUUCUUCAUGUUUCGUUUCAUUCUCCUUUUUUGUUCUUCCUCAACAAUAUGUACCUUGCUAUUUUAUUUAUUUAUUUUUUUUCUUAUGAAUUUGGGAAUUUUUUUUUUACAAAAUAAAAUUGAAUUUUUGUACAAAUUUCCCUUAGACAUCUCUGUUCCGAUUUGGAUCAAAAUUUAGUCAAAAUUUCAUGAUGUUUGAGGCUCCAAUAAUUUUCCAUGUUUUAUGCGUGACAAAAAAGUCAAAUUCUUUCACAAAUUAACGAUUUUCUAAUGAUUUUAGAGAAGUAAGAAAAAUUGUAUACACACACUGGUACUGAACGUUCGUGAAUCCCAAAUUUUUAUUCUUGUAUUGUUACUUACAUUUUUAGUUUAAGAUUUUCGAUGUUAUCUUGUCCGAAAUGCGGGCACCUCUCUAUCUCUUUUCGAAUUAUUUUAGUUGAAUUACAAAACUAAAAUAAAAUUUUCUCCCCCUCCUCUUUUUUAUCAUGUUGUGUAGUUAUACUUAUUGGUGUAUUGAAUGAAUAAACAAAUCAAAAUGAAGGAAAAUUAAA